GCCUCAAAGAUGAAGGUCUUUCUCGUUAUUUUGCUGGCCGCAAUCCUGUGCAUAGAAUCAGGUUUUGCCUUGAAAUGUCGCACGUGCUCAGCGAAGACCAACAACGCGGAUUGUCAGGCAUCCACAAACUGCCCCGCGAACUCCACCGACUGCAAGACAGAAUUGUAUGUUCCGGUGGUGGGAGGCUGGAAAGUUAUCAAGAAGCAGUGUUCCUCCUCAUGUACAAACUCCACUGAGGACUUCUAUGUGUUUAAGCAGAAAAUUUUCUGUUGCUCAACUGACGACUGCAACACCAACGGUGUGGGCAGGAUGGAAAGCAGCUCCAUGGUCAUGGCAGUGGGUAUUGCAGCCAGCGUCACCUGCUUCUUGCUUACGAGUAGACUGUGAGGAGCGGAGAGGAAGCCUUGGGCCAUCGAUUGCCCUGGAAGUUCCCCCCGAUGGCUGGUUUCUAGCAGUUGAGCAGAGCGGCACCGCUUUCUUCCCCUGCACGGUUGUACCUGGCUACUGAUGCUUGUCUUACAGAUUUCUUUAGCGCUGUUAAUUAAGAGCAAACGGGGUGCAUGUGUGUGUGUGUGUGUGUGUGCAUGUGUGUGUGUUACAAUGCUGUUUUUAAUACACACCUGCCCUUCCAUUAAGUGCAUGUCUUUCUAUGUCACAGUCACCACUUAGCGGACACAUCAACCGCUCCAUCAUGCAUGUAGCUGAGUGUUUACUGCAUGCACUAUUUACAUUGAACAUUUGACCCCCCCCUCCCCAAUCUGUCUGUGACUGCGGGUGCGUAUGCGCUGUAUAUACCGAUCAGCAGAUCCAUCUAUUUUUCCAGCAGGUGUAUGUAUAUGAACACGUGUGGUAGGCACCAUUAAACAGAAACUU